AUGGGAUUGAUCGAAAAUCGAAUCUUUUUAUUUCCAGUUUUUAAACAAAAAUUAAUGAAUCAUAGUAGUAUAGCUCCAAUCGACGACCAAUUUGCAAUUGCUCACCGUAGUUAUCAUUUGAAUAUCCCUGAUAAUAUACCUUCAUAUUCGGAGUUGCCUUAUCUUAUGAACAUGAUAAAUGGCGCGGCCCUUUCAAUAAUGAGUGGGAUAAAUGUUGGCACUUUCAUGGUGAUGAAAAUAAUUGGAUCGUAUAUGAAUGUCCGUAGAGCGGCAAAAAGAUCACUUGAAACUUUUUAUUUCAUUUUAUAG